AUGGGAGACUACACAAAGGCCAAAGUCAGUGUCUCUUGCUCAACAAACCAGCUCAAUCAGUACACGAGACGACUAUCAAUCAAAUACGCAACCAAAACCAAGAUUAUUGAUGUAUACUUUGAGAACAAGCGUGUUGACCUUGGACUCAGUGAUGGUUUGAAUGUCAUCGCUUUUGAAGAUACCAUGUACACCUACGGCUACAGACUUUGUGGAACUGUUCAGACGUUCAAUACACAACUCUAUGACAAUGACUCCCAAAAGUUUGCCGACUACAUCAACUCUUUGGACAGAUCCACCAUCGUGUUAGUACUGACACGUGGAGAUGCGAAAGCCAAGCUUCAUCAAAAUGCAAUCGACGCCAUCAAAAGUCUUGGAAGCACUAUGAUCAAUCAAUAUGUCAGUCAGCCAGAUAAUAAUAGUUUUGUGAUCGUCUCUAGAGCAAACAACCGGAGACCACUGGCAGAAGCCACAUCCAACGGCCAAACACGCCCAUAUAUUGUCUCUUUCACCCAUAUGUCCAAGGUAGAGUUCGGUGGUAGUGAUAUCACAAAAGCACAACAAAAUGGAAUCGGUGAUAUUAUCAUUUCUGCAGGGUCAUCAAAUCCACGCACUGCACCUGCUGGUACAUCGAACUAUUGUUAUACUCACAUACAAUUAUACCCCUCAGAGAUCAACCCACAACAACAAGCUCAAUCAUUCGUCAUGAGCUCCAUCAGUGAAGUCACUAGCACACCAUACUUUACCACUGGAUAUUUCCUCAACUCCCAAGCGGCCAUAACAACAAUGAUAAAUGAUAUUGGAAAUAUCCCCAUUGGCAACCUUGUUGUCAUUUGCUCCUCAACGCUCGAUAGUGGCUUUAUCAUGCCCGACGAUCUUUCACUGGCGUUCACCACCAUUGGAUCACAGUUUUCCUACAACAUCACCUCGAACAGUUCAUUUGUCGUUAUUGGAAGGAAAGACGCAGCACCAGGAUCAGUGGCCGAAUCCCUCAACAAUCAAGGUCCUGUUUCUGUCCAUUCAAAUUUCAGCAAGAGUCCAAAGAUUGUCAAGCCAUUCAUUGAGAUGAAGGCGGUAUCACAACCUUCCUCACCUCAAUCACAAUUUUUUAUCAAUGCUGUUCCAAUUGGUGUAAUGCCUUCUUUACCCGGCCUAAAUGUGAUCAUUGUGAACCCAAUCAAUGGUGUCCCUCAGAGAUACUACAACUUUAACACGACACAGGUUGGAAUUGGAAAUCCCAAUCCCUCCGCAGAUCUAAUGUCAAUGUUGGAUCAACAGAAGCCUGGUACCAUUUUAGCAAUAUCCAGUGUUGGGAAUGCCUCUGAUUUCCUCACUGGCGAAGCCAAACAAAAGAUUGUCACUCGUCUUGGUGCAUCUGCCAUUAGCUCAUUCAACAAUAAUCAAUCAUAUUGCAUUAUUGCAUCCGUGCUUGAUGCCAAUGCCGUAGACUCCAAGCUCGUCAGUGAAUGCAUGUCGCCAUCAAAUGUAGCCACAACAUGCAACAUCAGAUUCCCCGUUAAAUCACUCUACAAGGAUAUAUCUGGAUAUGCUUUCUGUGUGGCUUCAUUCGCCAAGGAAGAGACCUGUCACAUCAUGAUCAAUGGUGAUAAGAGCUCUUUUAAUCCGUCAAACGGAUUGAACGUUGCUGUGAUCGAUCCAUCUCUCCCAUUCCCUGGGAAUGUGCAGAGAUAUAACUUCAACACAUUUGACUACCCGUCAAAGUGGAGCACCCUGUUGACACUAAUACAAUCACUCAAGAAUGGUGUGCAUGUACUUAUAGCAGUCAAGAAAUCAAUGGGCAGCAUCUCCUCAACCACCAAGUUCGUCAUGACGACAGCGCUGUCAUUGAUUGGCGCUUCUAGAUUCAUCGGCAUCCCUGGGAAUAGCUCUUAUGUUAUAGCUGGAAUGAAAGGAACUCCCUCUGGCUCUGCUGCCGAGUCGUUCUCUGAUGGCACAUCUCAAGUUUGCAUCUCAUCGUGGCUACCUGCCCCACCACCUUCCACUCUCACAUCUCAUCAAGUAGCAGCAGAAUAUGGCCAAAUGAUGUUGCUUCCAUUCAAGACACGCUCUGGAAUACUCUCACAAAAUAAGAGGUAUUAUUUGUCACAUUCUCUUCUUGUCUCUGACUUUGGACUUCUUCCAACUCUGGAGGACCAACUAUUAACUGUCCCACUCCUCAAUGACUACUAUAUUUGGAACAAUCCUGUUGCACCGUUGGACAAAGAACAAGCUGUAGGUAAUGUUUACAAAACAGAGCCAUCCUAUCAAUAUAUUCUCAUGGAUGGAAAUUGA